AUGAACACGCCGGCUGUCCAGAAAUACCAGGGCUACCCGGGAGUUCUAAUCGGGACCACCAGAGUCCAUGUGCCCCUGAACUUGGAUGAGACAUGGGCCAUCGUGGAUGAUGAUAUGUCCGAGCUUGAUGAGGAUAGUUUCGAUCAAUUUGAGGAUCUCAUCGCAGAAGAAUUUCCUCGCAGCAAAUCCGCCCGAGGGCCACUUAAACCCCAGGAUGAUUUUAAGGCCGAGGAUGGCUCAAACUUCAUCUUCGGCUUAAAUGACCUGGGCAAGGAUCUCGACGGACCCGAAAUGCAUCAGCUCCCGGAGGAUCAGAUUGACAACAACUUCAUUUUCGGCCUGGACGACCUCGGCAUGGACGUCGAUGGCCCUAAGAUGCACGAGCUGCCUGCUGACGACGAAGACUAUGAGGUUGGCCUAUCCCCUCGAACCAGCCGACCUGUCUUUGCCUCUCACCUAUGUAAAUCUCCAGAGCCGAUGUCCGAGGCCGCCCCACCGCGGCCAGCCCAGCAUACAGACAACGGCUUCGGCUACGACGCGGAUGAUGAGGACUCAGACUAUGAUGCGCUCGGCAACGUGUCCCCGCGCUGCAGGCCUCACUUUUGCAGCAAGAGACCGUGCAUCCUGGGGUGCCAACAAGGAGAUUCCGAGAUGCCAUGGAGGGACGCUACCACGUUCCGUCGUCAAGUCAGUGGGUGCCCGGGAAGAUUCUCGUAG